AUAAUGGAGGAGGGUAGCAGAGCCAAUAUGCAUUUUAUUGGUUAAUAUUGUAGCCGUGGCAGGUCCGUUAUUAUACGGAAUUACCAGGGAGGAAAAAGUAAAUGUAAAGCAGCUGAUAAAUAUCAAUUCUUUCGCAUCGUCUCCAACUUUGCUUCACGUCGCUGCGAUCGUACGAAACUGCAAAGCAUAGAUCAACAGCCAAGAAUGGAUGGACAAAACUUGGAAGAUCCAAAAAGCACUGCUGAUAUGACAGUUUUCGUGCAAAACCUUCUUCAGCAGAUGCAAUCCAGGUUCCAGGCAAUGUCAGACUCCAUUGUUACAAAGAUUGAUGAGAUGGGAAACUCAAUAAAUGAGUUGGAGCAGAGCAUCAACGAGCUGAGAGCAGAGAUGGGAGCAGAGGGCUCUCCAAGCCCCUUGGCACCACCCAAGUCGAAGCCUGAUGAAGUGAAGCCAGAUGAUAGUUAAGUAUUUGAUUAAUCACAGUCCAAGACAUGAUGCUUCAAGAUUUCAUGCCCGACUUUUCUCCCUAUGUUUGCCCGGUUGAGAAAUCAAAACAUUUGUUACUAUAAGACUAUUACGUGCACUGCUGUAGGAAUUAUGCAGUUAAGGAUCUUCCUGUUUUCCAUUUCCCUAAAUCAUUUUGGCAACUAUGCUUGUAUAGAGUGCUUUUGUUUCAUGCUAUCAUUCAAGUGCCCCAACUGUGCCUCAAUCUGACCUAGCCUUGCAUUAAUCUGAUCAUCUCAUGUGAGGAUUACGGCCUUCCUUCCAAUGCAAGCAAGGUGGUUAAUUCUCCAUAACUUUCAGUACAUCAAAUUGGUGAUAUUGUGUA